AUGGUGUCUAAACUCGCAAUGGAAGCAAAGAUGGACGAUAAAAAACUCACUAAAGGUGCUCCAGUGAGUAAUAGAACAUGGAAAGUCGAGAAAGCUCCUUUCAGGGUCAAUAGUAGUGUGGUUAAAAAUAAGGAAUUCACAUCAUGGGAGAAGAAGCAUCAGCUGAGGUUACAAGAUCAGCAAUUCAAGGAAAAGCUAAAGGAAUUGAAAGCUGAGAAAGAAGCGGCAAAACAAGCCCGUAUUAAGGCUCUUCGUGAUCGUAGAGAGAAAAAGGAAGAGAAUGAAAGAUACGAGAAGUUGGCUGCAAAAAUGCAUGCAAAGAAGGUUGAAAGGAUGAGGAAAAGGGAGAAGAGAAAUAAGGCUUUGAAGGAACGUUAG